UGUCGAAAUUCACCGGUCAAAUUUUGAGCAAAAACCCGUGUUCCUUAACUUGACAUUGGCGGAAUCAUCGAUGGAGCUAUAACAUUUUAAAGAGGAAACAGAACGUAAUUAUUACGUUUUAAGCGUUCUUAUACCAAACCAACUGUUGCCCGAGCUCCUACAGGAUUAGUUCAACAAAGGUUUCAAAGUGAAGCGUGCUAAGAAAACAAAAGGAAUUGCAAUGGCGGCCGCCACGGCUCAAUCUUUUGGAAACAUGAAAUUUACUUUAAACAAUGGCAUGCAGAUGCCAGCAGUGGGGAUUGGCACUUAUCGAAUACGUAAGGGAGAUGACAUUAUGAAAGUCGUUGAGUACGCCUUGGAUGCUGGAUAUAGGCUUUUUGAUACUGCAGCUGUCUAUAAUAAUGAGAGCCAUUUGAAGGAGGCAUUCCGAGUGUUGCUCCCCAAGUAUGGAUUGGAUCGAGACGACAUUUUUGUGACUACAAAAUUAUGUAAUAAUAAAUUUUAUUCACCAUCUAAUUAUGGAGGUUCAGAUGUUGUACACAGAGCUUAUCAAAAGUCUUUAGAGAAUUUGGGACUUGAUCAAGUCGAUCUAUUUCUGAUUCACUUCCCUGGGGUCGCUCGGUUAAAUGCAUCAGAUGUUCGGAAUCAGAAAAUACGAGAAAUGACCUGGGCAAGCCUAGAAGAACUUUAUGAUGAUGGACGUGUCAAUGCUAUUGGUGUCUCCAACUUCACCAUUAGACAUCUUGAUGAAAUAGCAAGCAAUCACAGUGUGAUGCCUGCAGUAAAUCAGGUAGAAUGGCACCCUUUCUACCAUCAACCAGAACUACUAAAUUAUUGCAAGGAAAAGGACAUAGUUGUGCAGGCCUAUUGCUCGUUUGGAGGAACAUCAAGCUCAAAUACAGAUCUUGUCGACCACCCAGUUGUAAAGAAGAUAGCGAAGAAGCUAGACGUCUCAUGCGCCCAAGUCUUGCUAGUCUGGGCUUUACAGCAAGAUGUAGCUGUCAUACCAAAAUCAACUAAUCCUGAACGGAUCAAGGAAAAUAUUACAUUGAAUUUCAGGAUUCCUGAUGAAGAUAUGAAAUUAUUAAAUGCUUUAGGUGAGCAAAAUACUAAGUAUGCUUGGGAUCCUAAAGUUGUCUAUUAAUUUUCAAGUGACACCAAUGAUUGUAAGACUUUCACAGGGUCUAAAAUACACUAAAUAAGUGUUUUUAGGCGAAUAAGUUCUUCGCAUAUCUAAUUAAUAUGUCAUUGUUCGUGAAAUGUCUAAGUAUGAUUUUUCAAAAUAAGGCUUUUAUAAAUGCCGCUUCAAAAUGUAAUAUUUGAUUACAUGUUACAUAUCUUCUGUGUGGUAGUAAAUGUCGCAGGGUUCAUAAUAAUUAUCGUGAUUAAAAUGGAGGAGAUUCGUCUCUAAUACUUGUUGGGGGUAUUUAAGUGUGUAGAAUGUGGUAAUAUCUCGCAUAUGAAAUCAAAUACUGUCGUGACUCAAAUUUGUGAAAUUCAGAAAAGACGAUUUGAAACUUGAAAAAAAUUGCUAAAUAAAACCAAUAAAUAUAUAUAUUCUCGUUUAUAAACGGGUAACUAAAUAUCACAUUAUUCGCAGUAAUAACUAUA